GUGUUUGUCAGUUCUGUAUAAUAUUUUUGUCAAUACAUGAGCGGAUCACACACCAUUUUUAGAUAGUUAUCUAAACAGGAAUCAGUAAGGAUGUAACAAAGUAUUUAGCACUAAUGAGAAUAGCUCAGUGACAAACGCAUCGAUCUACCAACCAUUACAUUGAAUAUCGGGGUGUGUUGGGCUCUCUGGGAGCCGUUACAGGUCUUAAAGACGCACUUUCUGCAUAUCAUAAAAGCAUGCAGUAAUAUUAUAAUAUCUGAACCCUUUUUUGCACCCCAUUCACAAAAGGACACAAACACCCACUGACACCGACACCCACACCCGCAUAUAAGGGUAUGUGGGACAUGGCAUAGACCUUUUGCUUUGUGUUAGCAGCAAACACAUAAAGGGGUUUGUGGGCAGAACUCAUCAUCGCGUACAGAGGCGUACAGACGUCUCUGACUUAUAAUCACACUUCACACUAUAGAGAGGCCAAGAGUUGGAGGGCAGAGCAUUUAAUCGACACUUCACGGCAGGUGAGACCGGUGUCAUACAGUCGGCUGCUUUCAAUAAUGAUGAACAAUCUCAGUGAUGUCAGCACCGGGUGACCCGACGGAGCUAAAUGAAGUGUUAGAAGCCGAGAAGGUAAAGGACCUGGUUGACAUCAUGACUGAGAAGCAAACUCGGGACUAAUAUCUGACUACCUAGAUACCACAUACAAGAAGAGAACAGGUGCGUUUUGUGCAAAACCAGAAAGUUCUGCACCUGGCCAAGACUGAAGAACAUGGAGUCUGCUUUCUCACGAAUGAGAUGGGAACCUGAGGUAGAAGCUGAGGAGAUGUCACCCAGGGGUCUGGGCUUGCGGCGCAAACGGGAAUUCAUUCCGGACGAGAAGAAAGAUGCAAUGUAUUGGGAGAAACGGCGCAAGAAUAACGAAGCGGCAAAGCGUUCGCGUGAGAAACGAAGGGUCAGCGACUACGUGUUGGAGACACGGCUGGUUUCGUUGAGCGAAGAGAACGCUCGGUUACGAGCAGAGCUGUUGGCUUUGAAACUUCGUUAUGGUCUGCUGAGUCCUGGGAUCCCUUAUUCUUCACCUCAAAGGGCCCUGUCCCAACUUCAUACGUUGACUCCACAACCUCUGUUCUCAGACAAAGACUUGUUUUGGGGGAGAAGACAAGACAGAGAGUCCUCCAAUCUGUCUGGAAACCAACAACCACCCACGUGUAUUGGUACUCAUCCCGGCUCUGCGUUCCUGCCCACGCACCCUAUGGCUAUACGAAGAAAUUACCCAUAUUUCUUAGACCUCCCCAAUCUUCAUUCUCCUACAACCGCAGUUUUUCCUCCGCACCUCGCUCCUGUAACUGGUUCUUGGGUAACACGGCCCUUGCCUCAGCCGGGGAAUCAGAGGAUCCUGUCCGACGAAGAGGGCGAACAGACGGUGCCAGCAGAUUGUACUGCCGCACUGCCACAUAAACUUAGAUUGAAGACCCAAAACACACGGCGUACAGACAAUGGAGACAAAUCUGCAUCCCCAGCCACGGUAUAUGUGUCAGAUUGAAAAACGAAACUGCAGAGAAUCAGUUAACCCAACUAUGUAAAUUCUGUCAUUAUUUACUCAUGAGUUUCUUUAUUCUCUUGAACAAAAAAGAAAAUAUUUGUUUUCCUACUAUGGAUGACAGCAGGAAGAAACUCAUACAGGUUAAAAACAACAUGAGGGUGAGUAAAUGAUGUCAGAAUUUCAAUUUUGGGUGAACAGUCCCUUUAAAAUUUCUAUACAUCUUACCUUGUUUUCAAAGGAAUGUAACAACAUGUAAUGGGGUUUAUGCUUGAAUCAAGACAAAAUUGCCAUAUUAAAAAAAAGAAACCAUUGUUUAAUAUAGUAUAGCGAUGGUAAAUUGUGUUAGUGUUGUUAAGUUGUAAAAAUUAGAUUUUUCAAACAGGCAAGUGGUUAAAUGACUCAGUAGUUAUGUGUCAUUCAACUUAUUUGCUGUAAUUGCAUCAAGUCUAUAUUUACCAGGAAGUUUGAUUGGCAGUUAUGUAUUUGUAGCAUUGAAAGGUCAAACAUACAGUACAUCACGGUUGCCAGGUUUUCACAGCAAAACUCACCCAAUCGUAUUACGAGGGGGGGAAACCAGUGAAAAUCAUGUUCCGGGGAUGGUUUUAGCAGCUGAAAUUCGCAAUCCUGGGGAUAAAUAUUACACUAUUGGGGUUCCUUUCAACCCACAGAUAUAAAAAACACCCCUCGGCAGCAGUUUUAAAGUAGUUCCCUAAUUCCGUGAAAAACCUCAGACUUGGCAAUACAUAAAUAAUACAACUUUUACUAUUUAAAAUGCAUUUGUCAUAAACCCUGUUACAUCUUAUAUUUGACACCUCAAAGAGGGAAGUUUUUGUAGGUUUUUUCCAUAUAUGUUUUUAUGUUUAUGAGCUGCCCAAUAUGUCAGAAAUAAGUAAUCAGUGUUCUGUCUAUGCAAAUAAGAUCAAAAUGUGGGUGGAUUCUUAAAAACAUUUAUAGCGCAGUCAUUGCAGUAUGUUUGUAUUUUUAUAUGACCGCCAUUUUGUCUUAUCAUGUGACAUUUGAAUCAUGUGACAUAAAUUUUGGUUUGUUCUGAAAUUGCAAUGUUCCGAAUAGCAUGCGAACAUACAUUAUUAUAUUAUCUGUGGUUUACAAAGUAAAUUUACAGUUUUUGCAUGCAUAUUGUGUUUGAAGGUUAGCAUGACACGCUUUGCCCCUGCUGGUAGAUUUCAGAACUACACCAUAUGGUUUUCCAUGCAUUAUUAAAAUAGAAAUAUCCUUGCUGUAAAAUAGCUUCAUUUUUUUUAUUCUUGUUUCACGUUUUAUAAUUUUUCAAAAACAUUUUGUUAUUCUUGUUGAAAGUCUCUUUGCAUCCUGACAGCAGAUAAUAAUUAAAGUGAUAAGUUUUAAAAAUAAUAAAUAUCUUCGGUAGAAGCCUCAGGACCAUGAAAUGUUCACCUAGUCAUUAAAUGUGAUGCUACCUUUCUGUCAGCCUCUGUAUUUGCAUAACUCCUCCUCAGACCCUGGUAACGCAGCAAGCUUACAAACCCGCUAUAAGCUCUAACAAUGUAACAAUGUAAAUACGGAGUUUAGGUUCAUUAUUACUGUAAUAUCAUGAGCUUUGUACUGUGAUUUUGACACGCAGUUAUGGUAAUUGCCAUGAGAAGAUGUGGCCUCAGGGACGCUCUAAAAGUAGGGCGGGAUCUUUAGCAAGCUAGCUUGCUAUUGCUAACCGCUAUGAAAACGCCUGCCGUAUCUUUAACUCCUCUAUUUAAAUCAGUGGUCACCAAUCCUGGUCCUGGAGGGCCGGUGUCUCUGCAGAGUUUAGCAGCUAAUGUUAAGUCAUUUGAGCUGUCUUUCUUUACUGACAUAAUGACAAUUGUUUUAGCUGAGCCAAUAUUUCAGGGACUAUUCAGUCUUAAAGGGAUAGUUCACCCAAAAAUGAAAAUUCUGUCAUUAUUUACUCACUCUUAUGCUACAUUUACACCAACCGUGUUUGAGGCGUCAAAAUCGCGUAUACCACACCUAGCAUUUGACGUGCAUCAGAGGCAAAAUCCGCUUCUUGUGGGAGGGGCAAGUGCUAUGCGGUUGUCUGUUUGCAAGAUGACUAAUGUUGAUUGAGCAAUUAUCGAGAGAGUUACCGGUUUGUAUUUGGUAACCUUACUAUAGGGGGAAAAUAAACGGCGCGGGUCGAUAAAUGUCACGUGACUCAAAAGUGAAAUGUGUAUUACAACUUACCAGGUUGCCCAAUGUCCUCACUGACACUCUUCCAAGCGAGGUCCUUUUUAUUCCUGUCUCUAUAGAAAUAAGAACUUGUGUCGUAUAGCUCCGGGUGACUGCUAACGGACAAUAUCAAUCGUUCCUUCAGGUUGAAUGAGUGACUCCGGGCGGGGCUGCCGCCACAGCAGCAAGCAGGCUCCUGAUUGGUUAACGCGGCGCGAAAUUCCGCCAAAGUUAAAAUUUUUCAACUCGGGCGUCAGCCGCAAAUUCGUGUCAUACGCAAAAUGCGCAAAAAGUACCAUUCGCGCGUACCGCGCCGGGCACUCAAUUCGCGCGAACUAGACGCGCGAAUGAGGGGGAAUUGCAUCAUGCGCGCUGUGCCAAACGCCUCAUCUGCGCUACGAGACCUCCAGACGCCCGUCAACACGUCUUCACAUUGACUUAACAUUGAAAUCACUUGCGGUUCACGCCUAUACUGCGGCUGGUGUAAACGCAGCAUGAUGUUGUUGCAAACCUGUAUAGUACUCUUUAUUCCUACUAUGGAACUGAAUGGGGCUCACAAACGUUUUGGUUACAAACAUUACUCAAAUUAUCUUCCUUCGGGUUCAUUAGAACAAGGAAAUUGUGAGAAAAUUAUGACAGAAUUGACAUUUUUUGGGGUGAACUAUCCCUUUAAUGAGCACCAGGUUUUUCACAUUGUUUGAUGGAUGGCAUUAGCCACAGCCAAGUUUAUACAGUUAAACAUUUGUGACCCUGUCUGUGAAAUCCAGGCUAAUGUCUUAUAAUCUAAAUAUGAGAUUAGGACCAUUUCACUCAUUGAUUUCAAUCUUUGGCCUUGGUCAAUAUUAAAGAUUUUAAGGUUAUAUUUUAAAGAAUGUUUUUAUAAUAAAAUGACUUUUCACAUAUUUUCUCAUCAGGUAUGUUUUUUUUCCAUAACCAUUAAUAUUAUUUUAUUUAACGCUCUACUGCUAGUUUGCAUACAUUUUGUAAUGUUGCAUGACGUGUAAGUUGCAUGGUCCUCAUCUUCAUUUUAAUAUUUUUUUACUUUUUUACAAUAAAUCACAA